CGCAAAGGGCGUAGGUCGACGUUUAAGGGCGGAGCUCUCCUUGGUACUUAAAACGGAGCUGGAGCCGGACAAACAGUUGCAUUGCGCGCACGACAGAGGACUUGGAGAGAUCUCUUGGAGCGUGGAUAGAGCGUGGAGACCUUGCGAGAAGACAAGGGAACACAAAGAGUCGCCACAGGGAGAGCAAGGGGGCGCCAUGGCACUCAUGGACCUGAGGGAUCUUUAACCAUUCGUCCUGGGAACAGCAAAGACACCGCAUUCCAUGCCUCUGUUUUGCCAGGUCAUUGAUGGGAAAUCAACUGGAUCGGAUCACCCACCUAAACUACAGCGAGCUGCCCACGGGGGAUCCGUCCGGGCUGGAGAAAGACGAGCUUCGGGUCGGCGUCGCCUAUUUCUUCUCUGACGAAGAGGAGGAGGUGGACGACCGCUCUCCGUCAGACUGCGGCUUCACCAAGGACCACAGCCCGGGCGAGGAGGGGCCCUUGACCGUCAGCGAGGUGGAAUACUCCGCCUUCUGCUCCCAGGAAUGCAUCUUCUCCAAGCUCCGCGAGAACGAAGACCUGCACGUGUACUCGGACAAAACUUUGCUGACUAUGUGCAAACCGGGGGACCUGCUGGAGCUCGUGGCGGCCGCGCAGGCGCCGCACUGGGCCGUCUACGAGCAGAACGACCAGGUCAUCCACUUGCACAAGGGCGAGAUCCGCAAAGACAGCCUCCUGGAGGUCAGCGGCGGCCGCCACGGCAGGAUAGUGAAUAACCGCUACCGGUUCCGACCGCUGCCAGCGGACCUGGUCAUGCAGAACGCGGCCGGCCACCUGGGCCUGAACAGCGGGGAGAUAUGCUGGACCAACUCGGAAAGUUUUGCCGCCUGGUGUCGCUUCGGGAAGCGGGAGUUCAAAGCCGGGGGCGAGGCGCACUCGGCGGAGCAGCAGUAUUUUCUCAAGGUGCAUGUGUCGGGCAGCGGGGUGCACACGCUGGUGUUUCGCAGCUUGGAGGACAUGAUACGGGAACGACGGCGCGUGGACGCGAGUGGAAUUCUCAAAGAGCUUUCUUUGGUGCACGGGGGACAUGAGUGAAUUUGGGAUUCCGUGUGAUGGGCCCCCUCUCCUCUCUCCUCGCUCUCUCCUCCUCCUCUUGCCUUUUCUCGUCGACGCGCCGCACGACACACGUGAGCGCGCAGACUGCCCAGAAAGACAAAAACAAACACGAGGCUACACUCGCGCGCGCUUACGCACACGCAUACACGCGCUUACGCACACACACACACACACACACACACACACACA